AUGUCCAUUAAGCCUCUGCCCGAGGACGUCAUCCGGCGAAUCAGGUCUUCUGCAACCAUCACCUCUCUCAACGGCGUCAUCUGCGGCCUGAUUAAGAAUUCCUUCGAUGCAGGUGCAAACAAGAUCAACAUCACCGUCGACUACUCCCGGGGGAAUUGCACUGUUGAAGACGAUGGGCUGGGGAUUCUGCCAAUCGAAUUUCGGGAGGCUGGUGGACUAGGCAAACUGUAUCACACAUCGAGACACUCCCCUGAGGGCGAAACGCAUGGCUCCAACGGCAACUUCCUUGCCUCGCUCGCAGCCCUGUCUCUACUCUCAGUCACUUCUCACCACCACUUGCACAACUCCCAAAACUCUCUGACAAUUCACAACUCGAGGGUCUUGGCACGACAUGUCCCGGCCUUGCCAGAGCAACGCUUGGUUUCUUUCUCCCAUGGAACUCGCGUCAUGGUUAGAGACCUCUUCGGGCCCAUGGCAGUCAGGGUCAAGCAGAGGGCCACGGCCUCUGAGAAAGUUUCUGUCGACAAGGAGUGGGGCCGCUUAGUGCACGACAUCACUUCUCUACUACUUGCAUGGCCACCUUCCGUUGCUCUCCAUGUCCGGGACAUCACUCACAACAACGAGGCACGCUUCAGGCCCACCGCCAUACCCCGGACAAGAGCAAAGGCAGAAUUGCUAGGCCGUUCUUCGCUGAUUCUGGCUCAGUCGGGCCUUGCCGAUGGCUUAGACCGUGCAUCUUGGAUACCCAUUGGGGCUUCCAAAGGAAACUUGGCCAUCGAUGGGUGCAUAUCGUUGAGUCCAGUUGCGACUCGUCAGGGCCAGUUCAUCAGCGUCGGUAUCCACCCCGUCGCUAACGAAUACGGGACCAACGUACUGUACACCGAGGUCAACCGUGUAUUUCUCAAUUCCGGCUUCGCCAUUGAUGAGGACGAUCACUCGACCGAAGCGAGGCCUAGAUCGGUGGCCUAUGUUCUACUUUCGAUUCACUUCUUCCUCCAGAGCAUGGCCGAAGUUGUCUUCUUCGUUUGA